AUGCUUUUCAAAAACAUAGAAGUAGGCAGACAGGCAGCUAAGCUGUUAACGAGGACCUCGAGCCGCUUAGCUUGGCAAAGCGUCACGGCCUCAAGAAACAUGUCUUUCAUUAGACAACAAAUUAAGAAGGUUCCAGCAUAUAACUUUAGGACAUCUGUGAGUACCCGUCUAUUUUCUCUCUCUUCCCCUGUUUUGAGACCACAUGUUGCUUCAGAAUCAAACCCUAUUAUAUCACGUUUGAAAACUUCGAAGAACGUCGCUUACUGGCUGAUAGGUACCUCUGGUUUGGUAUUUGGUAUUGUUGUUCUUGGUGGGUUGACUAGACUAACAGAAUCAGGGUUGAGUAUUACUGAAUGGAAACCUGUUACAGGUACGCUACCUCCUAUGAACCAAAAGGAAUGGGAAGAAGAAUUUAUCAAGUAUAAAGAAUCGCCAGAAUUUAAAUUAUUGAACUCUCACAUUGAUUUGGACGAGUUUAAGUUUAUUUUUUUCAUGGAAUGGAUUCAUAGACUGUGGGGUCGUGCUAUCGGUGUCGUUUUUGUAUUACCUGCAGUUUAUUUUGCCAUGUCUAAAAAAACUUCAGGCCAUGUCAAUAAGAGGUUGUUUGGUCUAGCAGGCUUAUUGGGUUUACAAGGAUUCGUCGGUUGGUGGAUGGUGAAGUCUGGUCUUGAUCAAGAGCAACUGGACGCAAGAAAAUCAAAGCCUACCGUUUCUCAAUAUAGACUGACUACGCACUUGGGUACCGCCUUCUUUUUGUACAGGGGUAUGCUCUGGACUGGUUUAGAGAUAUUGAGAGAAUGUAAAUGGAUAAAGAAUCCUGUUCAAGCCAUAAGCCUCUUCAAAAAAUUGGAUAAUCCUGCAAUUGGCCCAAUGAGAAAGAUCUCUCUAGCCUUACUGGCGGUAUCUUUCCUAACCGCUAUGAGUGGAGGUAUGGUUGCCGGUUUAGACGCUGGUUGGGUUUACAACACUUGGCCAAAAAUGGGUGAACAUUGGUUCCCUAGUUCUCGUGAAUUAAUGGACGAAAACUUCUGCAGAAGAGAGGACAAGAAAGAUUUAUGGUGGAGGAAUUUGCUAGAAAAUCCGGUCACAGUUCAGCUGGUUCAUAGAACAUGUGCGUACGUUGCGUUUACAUCGGUAUUAGCUGCUCAUAUGUACGCUAUCAAAAAGAAGGCGCUCAUUCCAAGAAACGCGAUGACCUCUUUGCAUGUUAUGAUGGGUGUCGUUACUUUACAAGCCACCCUUGGUAUUCUAACUAUAUUGUACCUAGUCCCAAUCUCGUUAGCAUCUAUCCAUCAAGCUGGUGCUUUGGCGUUGCUAACAAGUUCUUUGGUUUUUGCCUCUCAAUUAAGGAAACCAAGAGCUCCAAUGAGAAAUAUGAUCAUUACUUUGCCACAUUCAAGCAAAGUAACCAGUGGGAAAAUCCUAAGCGAAGCCUCUAAGCUAGCCUCAAAACCAUUAUAA